AUGCGACGACCAGUCCUUCCAAAUGAUGCAUUUGAAGCCAAUGUACAUGCUGAAGUAAAUUCUCUUCGCGCAAAAAUCAAUGAAAAGCAUCUUUGCGAGCGCGCCUCUGAACUAAGUGGCGGUGUUGGAUGCAAGAUUGAACACACACCGGCAUGGGGAAAGGGGGCUCUUACGGGAUGUGCCAACUAUCAUGCUCGUAUUCGAUUUUCCAAUAACUCUGUCUGGCUUAUUCGAGUGCCCCGAAUGAAUGGCUGUAUACCGCAAUCCCUCGUUGACUAUCUUAUUUGUAGCGAAUAUGCUGCACUGAAAUUUCUUGAGAUGACCAAGGUACCUGCUCCCCGUGUAUAUGAUUUUGGUGUCUCUACUGACAGCAACAGUGUGGAUGUAAGCUAUAUUCUCAUGGAACAAAUGCCUGGCAAACCCUGGAACGGACAAGGACCACGGGGGAAGAGAUUUGCAGAUGACGAGGACAAGAAGAAGGUGUGGAAUGGCUUAGCGUAUAUUCUGAUCGAGCUCAGUCGCCAUUCUUUUUCUCGAAUCGGGCCUCUUUUGCCAGGAUGUUCGGAGUCAGGAAUCUCUGCGCUUGCUAGUGAACGUUUCCUUGUACUAAGUCCUUCCGGGCCUUUCAGUACAGCUAAGUACUACUAUGCUUCAUAUGUGGAGCAAAAUAUGGCACUUAUUGCGGAUGGUCAACUCUUUCCAUCUUACCCUGUCAAUGUGUAUUUGGUAAUUCUGUAUUUGAACGACCAAAUCCAGGUUCUUGUAGAAAAUGCACACGCAACAGAGCAAUUCUAUCUCAAGCAUGUGGAUGAUAAAGGUGAUCAUCUAAUGGUGGAUGAUGAUCUCAACAUUACCGGUAUUAUUUGUUGGCGAAUGACUCGAACUGUUCCUGCUAGGGAAUCCUUUGGGCCAUCACUAGUAACAGCAGACAUGGGUGCUAUCUAUGAUGGGUGGUCAUCUCUCACGGUUCAUGUUCUCGCAUUGGCUCACUUCUUAAGGGAAGAGGGAGAGCCUGGGCUGGCUGAUCUCAUGAGCAAAGACGAGAAACUCCGAAGAUUAUUCUUUGGGCUUGACGUUGAUCCUCCUUGGGAAGAGACAUUGUUGUUGAUAGGAGGUAUAUGGGCUGUAUUUGGAGUUGAGAGGAACACGGAGUGGAGGGACUGGAAGAGGGACAUGAUGGGGAAGCAUUCUCAUGAUGAACGUCUUAAAAAACUAAUUGAUAACUCUGGAGAGUGA